UGUAUCACUGCGUACUCGCAUUUCUCCAAUAAAAAGAGAGAAAAUAAAUUUAUAUUAAUUUAUUGUCACAUUGUUUGCAGAAAAUUUUGUGUUAAAAGCGUUCGUACAAAACUGUAAAAUGUUUUGAAACAUUCUUAAUUGUUCGAUGGAGAGCCCACGUUUGUGUACGUGAAUUGGAUGCGCAUAGGUCAUAGUAAACUUUGAGAGUCGCUAUGUCACAGCAAAUUCACCAGCUAGCGUGCCAGCAGUGAACUUUACACAGCAAUCAGAGAGCAAAGGACAAUGUGGCCACGAUUUCUUGGCCGACGUAUCCUUUAUAUAACCAUCACGUUACUUGCCCUCAUAUUUUUACUAACGAAUUUACUUAAGUUUGGUGGUCUACGCGCACUGCAUGCGGACAAUGUGCUUACCGUGCAACGCACACGCCCACUUAUAUGGCGAACGCUACAGGAACACCUACUGCCCGAGGAGUCACAGAAUCGCACCAACGACCCAGACAUACACUGCCGCAAUUCGGUGCAAGGACGCGAUUUGCUCGUCGAUGAUCGCGGUUUCCUUUGCCGACGCGAACAUCUCUUAUUGCCCAGCAAUUGCUGUGACAUCGAAGUGCCCGAAACACAAUAUUACACAUGCGAUACAUGCAAUACAACAACACAUUGCUGUGAUAUAUACGAAUAUUGCGUCUCUUGCUGUCUACAUCCCUCGAAACGUGCACUGUUGGAGCUAGUGUUGCGCACAAUUACUGGACGUCAGGCAGCUGUCUAUGCGCAUGUCGAGGAUCAUUUCGAAUUGUGUUUGGUUAAGUGUCGCACGAACUCGCACUCUGUGGCGCAUGAGAACAAAUAUCGUGAUGGCAUGCCCAAAUACUGUUAUGGACAGACAGAAGCACAUGAAUCACAACGUGAAGUGUCGGGUGGCGUGGCACGUUGAUUGUGCCACAGUCGUUAAAACAAGAGUGGUAGUGACAAAUCGGUUGAUUUAAAAGUGUUUUGUGUAUUAACGACUGAAGUCUAUUAAGUUGCUUAGAAUUUUAGACACAACCAAGGUGGCUUUACAUGCGGUUAUAGGGCAAAACAAAACUACAAAAAUACGCUUUAGAAGAAAUGCUAAUGUUUUGUGUGAAUGAUAAUAUGCCGGGUAUAUUUGAAGUGUAGUGUUUGUAUGCAUGUAUCUAGAACUGUUGGAAGACAGCUACAAAUCAUGGUAAAACUAACAAAUAACACUCAUGAGUGCGUUAUUAAGACAAAAAUAAUAUAUAAUCAACGAAAAUUACCAUGACAAUUGAAGAUUAAGUAUUAAAAUAGAAUAUAGCAGUAAAUUAAAUUAAUAAUUUUAAGUACCAGGUAUGUAGACUUAAGUGCGUUAGAUUUAUUUAACUAACUCUCAAAUAAUACUCUCGAAAGCUUUUGUUUAGCAAAAGUAUAAAAUUAUUGUAAUAAUAUUAAUCACAUUAAUAAAUAUAGAAUUUAAUUUUUUACACCUUA